AUGGACGCUACCGACAUCCGUGCUUUGGCAGACGAUGCCGUCGAAAAACUAUCGCACACAAAGAAUGAAGCAGAUGACUUGCUUUCCAAGAAGGUCAGCGAGGCGAAUGAGUCAUUCGCUCCCAAGGCAGUCGUGAACGAAAGUGACAGGCUUGACGGAACCCUGUCCAGCAAGCCUGUGGGUGUUGUGCCGUCGCCUUCGAAUAUGCCCACGCAUGCGAUCAACUCGUCUUCGACGGGUCUUGACCAUCGUGCAGAUGCAUUGCGCGAGGAAGUGCCAGGCUUGAACCUACCAUCGAAGCCGGUGCAGACCGAGCCAGCGCUUGCGCCCGGCGGCAAGGUGCGCCUGACCAACUCGCCGGCCAUUAAGAAUGCGCCGCUGCCCGCCGAGGGCAAUGGUAGCUUUAGCAAUGUGCACCUUGCUCUGCUGAUCCUGUUGGGCCCAGCUGUGCUGCUGCGUUUGCUUCCGUUUGUGAAGGCGCGUUGGUUUGGAUGGACGUCGUACUUGUUCCUGGUUGCUUUGCUAGGUGUUCCGAUCGCUAUUGCAUACUGGACUGUUGCAAGUAUGUGUGGUCCGCGCGUCAACGAAAAGGUCUCGCUGCCGAACCGCCCAAUCGAGGACUACCUUGACAUCCAAGAUCCCGUGCUCCGCCAAAAGUACUCGGGCUUCACCAAGAUUCCAAUGCAGAUCUUUUGGGAAGCAUACUUUGACGGCAAAAUUGAAGUCAAGGGCGAGCUACUUGACGUGCUUGAGUACCGCUGGGACUGGGCUGCGAUGCACUUUACGCCGGAGCUUUUCCGCUAUGUGCUGUUCAAGAUGCUGCCCGAUGUGUUGAUGCACACCGAGCGCCAGGACGAGGAGCAGAUUCGCGACAACUACGACCGAGGCAACGACUUCCAUGAGUGGUUCUUGGGACCACUGAUGGUCUACACGUCGGGUGUGAUUUCGGAUCCGGACCGCGAGGAGACGCUGGAGGAGCUGCAAGAGAACAAGAUGGAGCUGGUGUGCUCGAAGCUCGCCCUCAAACCAACAGAUCGUGUGCUGGACAUUGGAUGCGGCUGGGGCACGCUUGCUGCCUUUGCAGCCAAGAACUACGGCGCAGAUGUGACGGGUGUGACGCUGGCCAAGGAGCAGGCUGCCUUUGGCAAUGAGCGUUUGCAGAAAAAUGGUAUCACGCCGGACAAGGCGCGCAUUCUGUGUGAGGACUACCGCGAUAUUCCCGUGCAGCCCGGCCACUACAAUAAGAUUGUGUCGUUGGAAAUGGCCGAGCAUGUCGGUAUCCGCCACUAUGCCAAGUUUCUGCGCAACGUGUACGACCUGCUCGACGACGACGGCGUCAUGGUGUUCCAAGUAGCGGGUCUACGUCCACGCUGGCAGUACUGGGACCUGAUUUGGGGUCUGUUUAUGAACAAGUACAUUUUCCCCGGCGCUGAUGCCUCGUGCCCGCUCAACUGGGUUAUUGGUCAGCUCGAGCGUGCCGGCUUUGAAGUGCGCUCGUGCGACGUCGCCGGCAUCCAUUACUCGGCCACCAUUGACCGCUGGCUCAAGAACUGGAAGGCAAACGAGGCCAAGGUCAAGGCCAAGUACGGUGAGAGGCUUUAUCGCAUCUGGCACUUUUUCCUUGCCAGCUCCAUUCUUAUUGCACGUGAGGGCGGCUCAAGUGUCUUCCAGAUUGUUGUGACCAAGAACCUCAACGCCACGCACCGCAUCGAGGGCGUCGCCUCUCAUGGCGGCAUGUUGCCCCGCCCGAACCGUGGCAAGUGGUACCAGAGUGUGUUGUAG